GUAGUGCGCCACUGAAUUGCCGAAGUAAUUCACCAUCAACCCAUCAGAGGAAGAAGGCGGUCUAAAUCUGCCUCGGGUGUGCUGAUUCCUUUGUCGAGAGUUCUUCGUUUUAACGACGAUUUGAGUCCAAACUUUAAAGAUUAUUUCUUGAUAUAUGGAGCAGAAUUUCUAAGUAUCGCUUUUUUGAUAUUUAAGUCGACCCCCGUCGUUGGAUUGCGUGCGUCACAGCAGGGACAGCGUGGCGUCAGUUCAUGUGGAGGAGCCAUGUUGUUGGGCCAGCUCACCGUGUUCUUAUUCUAAUCGGGGCACACUGAAAACGGUACGAUAACUUCAGCCAUCGGGACCCGAGGAAACGGUUAACGAUGUCUGCGGAGGAUUUACACAAGAAGUAUGCCUCCGUAAUGGAGAGCAUGUUGAAGAGCGCAGUGGCUGAAACCACGAAACUUUUUGAAAACAUGGUGAAUGAACUCAAAUCAGAAAUAUCCCAGAUGAGGAAGGAGAACGAGGAUCUCAAAACCAGAUGUAUCCAGAUAGCGACUGCGGAUGUUCACUCGAGACAAAGCCUGUCUGCGCAGGUGGACGCCGACGCUUCUAUGAGAUGCGACACAGCUGUCCAAUGUGAUUUCGUUUCUGACAACACAAAAGGAGUGGAGCAGUGUCCACCAUUAGAAUCCCCUGUUCUGCAAAGGGCAGAGUACCCCAGUGAACAGAUCAACUACAGCUUGCAGGAGCACAACUAUGUUGUUUCAAGUAAUACAACAUCAAACACGACAUUUAUGGAUGUCAAAGAGGAGGAAUAUUGCUGUGAUUCUCCUGAACAGUCUUUCUUGAAGCAAGAGAAUGUUGAGCUUGCUGUGAUUUCUGGACAAAAGCAUGAUGAUGCUGGUUCAAAAGAGACUCUUUUCUGUGAAGCUGAAAACAUAGGUUCUACAACUGUGCAAACCCAAACAAAAAAUAAAAUUGAUUUACAGGAAGCCCAGAAUCAGCCAUAUAAUCUUCAGAAUUCUAUUGUUAUUUCUCUCAAAGAUGUCUUCAGGGGUGACGUUAAAGAAGAGACUGAAAAUGAAGGUGAAAUGAUGGAAAGAGAGACAGGAGAACAUCUGCCAACAUCUGAAAAACCUCAUAUUAUUCUUCAAGACAGUCACCAGACUAAUGAAACACCUAUAAACAAGUCAUCCAUAGUUUUGUUGGAACAUGGUGAUCAGCGUUACACAGACGGUGAGUUAGCCCAUUCAACUAAGUCAUUAGUCAACAAAGAAGUGGAAGAGAAAGGGCCUGAAGACUGUGUAGAAGAGACAAGUUACAAACCUGUUUCGACCAGUCGUAGUAGAAGAGGUCGGCCACGAAAGAAAAGACAACAAAAAAAAAAGGUCAAGUCAAUCUCAUCCAAAGUUUUACCAGUCCAACCAGGCUUGGGUGACCCAUCCGUUGAAGAACAUGGAUCUAAGGCAUUACCUUUACCCUGUUCAAAAGAUGGUGUUACAUCAAAGUCUUCAGAAGUGCUUCAAACUGAGCUUCACCCAAUUCAAGGGAGUUCCAAUACUUUUGUCAAAAGCAAGAAGAACAUGGAAGUCUGUUCUUUACCAGUCUCUGUUGAAUGCAAGGCGAAGGGUCCUGCCUCUAAAAAUCAAAAGAUCACUGAAUCUAAAAAGGCUUCAGUUGAAGUAAAAGAAAGAACUCCUAUUAUCAGUGAAAUAGAAACAUCCAAUACCUCAGUGUCCAAGUCAGAAAAUGUAGUGACUCUUCCCCACAAAGAAUGUUCCACUACUGCAAGUCUUCAGGACGCAAUCUUACUAGUUGAAGCCAUGAAUCAAUCAGCUGUGGAAAACACAGUACCCCAAUCUCAGAACUCAGCCCAAUCACAGACCCGAGGUUCUGCCAUCAAGCGUACUAUAAAUAAUGUUGGACAGAUGGCACAAAAAAUAAGCCUGCAACCUCUUAAAACUCUAACAACGAAAGCACUUGAUGCUUCUACUAGUAGAGGUGCAACAACCUUCGCAGAUUCUAUUAUCCCCAAGAUAAUUAUAGUACAAAAAAGAAAUCAAACAGUUGCUUGUGAUGGUGUUCCUCCUGUGACAGUAUUAUCAGAGAAGGCACUAACUCAAACCCCAACUACAUCACAAUUUCCUACACAACCUUUAAUAGUACAACCGAACAGAAAAACAAGAAUCAUACUUGUGCCAAGAACUGACUGUGGAUCAGCUUCUCAUAAGACAACUGGAGUGUGUCCUUUGAAACUUUCUUCCUGUACUAUGACAGAGAACCAAAAUAAUAACUUGCCUAAAAAUUCUGCAUAUGUGGAUUUACCUCUUUUACCCCCCUCCACCUCCCAAGCUCCUAAGAAAACAAUCAAAGUUAGCUACAAACAAAUCUUUCCAGAUGUGCAUUCGCUUACAAAAGCUGUUUCAGCCUGCCAGCAGUUGGAGUUUUCUCCACAACUAAAAAAAGUUGUUGAAAGUCAAACUGCACCUGACAAACCCAACUCAUUGGAGAAUCUUGAAUCAGUUGUUCAGUCUGAAUCAUUGGAGAUUCCAGAAUCAGUGGUUCAACGUGAGACGUUAGGUUUGCCUGAGUCAUUGGAGAUGUCCGAGUCAGUCAUUAACCCUGAGUCAUCGGAGAUGUCCGAGUCAUCGGAGAUGUCCGAGUCAGUCAUUAACCUUGAGUCAUCGGAGAUGUCCGAGUCAAUCAUUCAGCCCGAGUCAUCGGAGGUGUCAGAGUCAAUCAUUCAGCCCAAGUCAUCGGAGGUGUCAGAGUCAAUCAUUCAGCCCGAGUCAUCGGAGGUGUCAGAGUCAAUCAUUCAGCCUGAGUCAUUGGAGAUGCCAGAGUCAGAUGUUCAAUCUGAGACAUCAAAUAUGCCUGAUCCAUUGGAGAUUCCAGAGUCAGUGGCUCAGUCUGAGUCACUGGUGGUGCCCAAAUCAUUGGAGAAGCCACAACAACUUGAGAAGCAGGAAUUGGUUAAUCAACCAGAGUUCUCUGAGAACUCUAAGACAGUGGUUUUAAAAGAAAAGCAGGAUACUGAAGAAAUAACAACUCUGCCUGAAGCUUUAUCAAUGAAGAUCAGCACCACAUCACAGGAGGUAAAAUUGGCCUUAAUAGAUAAUAUGACAAUGGUAGAAAAUAUGGAUACAACUGACAGCAGUGACUCUUCCGAUCAGACAACUUCUCCUUCCAAAGUAGCUAACAUUUCUAAAGAAGCAUGUUCAAGUUCAGAUAAGUCAACUGAGCUACCAGGUUCUGUGUCAUCAAUAUUGUCUGUCCCCACUAAGCAAAAUGUAUCCCCUGUGGUUCGAUUAACUAGACUGCCUUUUUUUGUUUCAACCAAAGAGACUGUCCUCAUCUCAAGAUUAUCAUCAAAUGAGUACAUGAUAGACAGGAAGGACAAGGUAGGGCAAGAUAUUGAGCAGAAGAAUUCUGGCAUUUCCACCUCAACUUCCUCUCAAAAAGCUCAUAAAAAAGUCUCAGUAAAAUUAUCUGUAGCUUGCAACAGGAUAGACUCUUCACAGAAACUUGCUAUGAAAAGAAAACAAACAUCAAAAAAAAGACAAGAUGGCAAGCUGCAGCCAACUUCCAUUACAUUCAAGGAGGCAGUUGAAUCUGUCUUGAAGGCAACAGAUGAAACAUUCCCAACACCGCUCCCAGUGUCACCAAUGACCAAUCUCAGAGAGCCAUGCACGAGCAAUACUGACGGUGGCAAGGAGAAAUCCCGGCAAAAAUGCUCCAUAUUUUCCCGCCUUCAAAGUCAUCUGAAAGCUCACAUGGAAUCAAAAGCGGCUGCAAAAGAACCACCAAAUGACAUAAAGACUACCUCCAAAAACUCCAAGAAACCCAGGUUGGAGAAUGACAGUGUUUGUGAUGGGGAAACUAGCUCAGAGCUCAGUUGCUCUUCUAAAGCAGACAUUCCCAAAAAGUCAGUUGGAGAACCAGUCCAUUCCAAAAAGAGAGAAUCUGAAAAUUGUGAUAAAAAAUGUAAUGCGGAUGAAGGUUUUUCUACUUUUAAUAGUUGUAAUCAAGACAGUCUCAGUGUUAAACGGACUACAGAAGAAUCUACUAAUAAUUCUAAAAAGGCUAUUACGAAAUACAAAAGCAAUUCUAAAGUUUUAAAUGCUAAAGAGACAAAAGUUAAGAGGACCUACAGGAAAAAGAUAAAAAGCCCAACAAAACGAUUGAGAGAUGACCAAGGGGACUCUACAGUUGUAAAAAAAUGCAUUGGGAAACUCUGGUAUCCUCCUACCUUACCACCCAAUGAAGAGCCUUCAACAGAGAUAAGGAAACCUCCACGUGAAAAGGUCCAAGACAAAAUACCGUUCGAACCAUUCAAUAAAACCCCUAUUAUAUCGCCAUUGCAACCCUUGGCUGUAAUUGGUAAAUUUUUGCUGAGGAACCAGUGUGGGGUUUGUGGUCGUGUCUUUAGCAGUAGUGCUGCUUUAGAGAGCCACGUCAGCCUCCAUAAAUUAAAUCAACCUUUCUCGUGCUCACUUUGUGGAAAAAGUUUUCCAGACUCCGCUGCUUUAAAACGGCAUGGUCGUGUCCACCGCAAUGGUAGGAUCCAUGUCUGCCAUCAAUGUGGAAAGGGGUUUGUCUACAAAUUUGGCCUCUCCAAACAUCUCGAAAUGGUCCACGACAAAAUAAAGCGCUAUAUAUGCCAAACAUGUAAUAAAAAGUUCUUCACUAAACGAGACGUAGAAAUUCACAUUCGAAGUCACACAGGAGAAACGCCCUUUCAUUGUAACCUCUGUGAAAGAAAGUUCACAUCACAGGUAAAACUGAAUGUGCACCUGCGCUGGCAUAAUGGUGAGAAAAGACACUGGUGUCCAUACUGUGAUAAAGGAUUUUUAGACUACAACAACCUGAAAAGACACAGAUAUAUUCACACUGGAGAGAGACCAUGUUCCUGUCCAUACUGCCCCAAAAAUUUCACACAGAUUGGUCAUCUUAGGAAACAUGUUAGGAAUGUACAUAAAAAAGACAUUUGAGAUAUUGUCCUGUUCCCUUGUAUUGGUGGCAUAGCAUUUACAAGUUAUUUAUAGUGUAAUUUCUUUAACAAAAAAUUUGAACUGUGGAAUUUUUUUAGUGGGAGUGAGUAUGCUUACUGAUAGCUCUUCUUUUUAAAUGUUUUAUCAAAAGAUACUUCAGUUUUCUGUAAUAAUGGUUAGAUGUCUAAAAAUAUUGUUUUAAAAUAAAAAAAAGACUUAUAUCUAAAAUAAUGUUUUCUGAAACUGUUGUAAUAAUGCGUGUAAUAACUGUUUGGCUUUUUCAGCAAGAAAUGUAAAAUAUUUGAGUGAUUUGCUGAAAUGCUUAACAGAUUGUGCACUUCCACUACUUUAAACGAUAUGGUCGCUACUAAUUAGAAAAUAAAUUAAGUGGUUAACUUUAGUGUUAACUGUAAGAAUAUAUAGGAAAAGGUUUUUUUUUUUUUUUUUUUUUUACUUUUAUUUAGGUUUUAAUGUGUGCUCUUUAACCCACAUAGGAAAAAUGACAUAUUUUGGUUUUUAUGUCAAUUACUAGAAUGUAUGCCCGUUAUUUGGUGUGUAGUUAUGCAUGUUUUUAAAUGUAAUGUAACUUAUAUGAACAAUUUUGAAAUGAGUAAUUACCUAAGUUAGUAAUAAUGACAAUUGCAAAUGCCGUUCGAAGAUAAUUGUGUAAAAUUUAGUGUGCUAGGAUUUUAAAACUUUUCGAUAUAAUGGGGCAAAGUUUUUUUUGUUUUUUUUUGUGUUGAUUUUGUGUUUUCUCGAAGACCUUUUAAUCUGAAUGUAGAGUAAUAUUGUUCAUAACACAUUUUAUCUUUUACAAUGUACAUUUAAUUGUUUUGCUGAAUGAAUAUUUUGCUCAGGGAAGAGAAUAAAUGUCUUAAAAGGA